CUGCUCUGUGAAACACUUUGGGCCAGAAAUAAAGUUGAAUAUAAUGAAUCAUAAUUAAAUGUGACGCUUUAUUUUUUAAAGUCCCGACAGGAAGCUGCUGCAGCUCACUGUGCGCAGCUUCACGAUGGUCCACUAGUUUCCCAGCCUAACUACCCAUCAGCAGACCGCUGUUCAAACAGGAGACAUGGGACCGUGCAGUCACCGAGGGGGGGAAACUCUUCCACAACAACUCAGACCUGAAGGAGGAAGUCCUGCCGAGCAGAAAACCUUGCAUGGAGCCUCUACUCUUUCUACUUUGUGUCUCAUUUCUCCUCAGUGAAGAAGGAGCGGGAAGUGAAACAACUUAAAUGACAACUGAAGUUCUCCGUGCAUUUCUGAUACCUGGGGCAAAGUGCCACACCUUCGCUUAGCACGACAGCUCCACGACACAGCUGGCCAAAUGGGGUGCCAAUGCUGCAGGAUGAUAAAAAGCUACAUCUACGACCCCUCAGUGGCGGUGGAUGGGACGAAGGCCGACUCUGCAGGCAGCUCGCUCUACCAAUCCCACCACCUCUCAGGCAGCGCCCCCAGCAGCAACAACCAGAAGCAGGGUAUCCACAACCUGGGCUACAUCAAGUCCAACGACAGCACACUGAAACUAGAGGUGGACAAUAACCACGUCAACCACAACCUGCAUGCAGCGCCAUCUAUGAAGGAGGUGUACAGGCAGGGGAGCGCACCACCUGCAGAGGUGUACAUCAUCCAGCCGGAAGCUCUGGGGCCGAGAUGGAUGCUGCAGGAAAGGGGUCCGAGCCAGGUGCCCGUUUACCCAAACAUACAGGAGUACGAGAAGCAGGCGAGUUACCCCGAGCGGGGACACCGGGCGUCAAGGAACGGGUGGGACAACUCCAUCACCGAGUGCGUGAUCGGCGUCGAAAGCCUGUCAGCAGACGAGAUAGACGAGGGCGUGGGAGGGACGCCGGAGUACCCGUGCGACACGGGGGACGAGGGUAGCGUCCUGUCGGUGGAAAUCCACACCAGCACUACCAGCCUGUCCUCGGCCGACACCAGGGACGAGCUCAGACUGCCAAAGACCUCAGACAUUUCCACGAUGGAGAGCGGGAUCUCGGUGAUGAAGAGCGAGGACGAGGAGGAGGAAGUGCAGAGCGUUACAGACUCAAUGGUGGCGGAGGCUCUUGCUGCGUUGGAGGCCGCCACCGCCGGGGAGGACUUUGAGUGACAGCCCCCUGCGCGCUCUCCGACGCGGCGUUCGAAACCACCAUGACCACGUUCUGAAUAACGCCUCCUGUGUUGCUGUCAUGGAACAAAUGAAGGAAAACUCUGUUUACAGAAAUUUUAUUUUUGAGCUCAGAAUGUUGGAUAUUUUUUUAUUUCAGUCACACUGACAGAAAAACAACGCCGGCCUUGUGAAGGAGGCAACUUUGUCCAAACGCUGCGAGGUUUGCAUGAAGCCACAAACAGAGAGACAUCAGUGAAUAUCGCCUGCAGCCAUAUCAGCCCGUUAACCCCUUUGAAUCUCGCGUAUUUAAACACUCCGCAGUCCUAAUAACUCUGCAUGUACUCACUCAUUCGCUCUGCCAUGUCAAUACUGCCCUUGUACAGGUGCUUUUAUCACUUUUUUUUGCUCGCUUCGUGAACUCGCAGUCCCUGCCAUAGCUUGCUGUUUCUUCAGGAAUCUCGGCGGAAGAAGAAAGGUCAAAGCAUUUUUAAAAAAUACGCUUCACAUGUUUUUGUCUUCUCUUGUUAUUUAUAAUAUCUUCAUCGCACCGUCUAUUGUGAGAAGAUAAACAGGUGAGGAAGUGUUUCCUUUAUUUAUAGCCAACUGUGUCAUCGUUGAUUUCGUCAGAAAUGAUUAUCGUAUCUACUUGGAAAUUUAGAAACAUAUUAGUUUACACACAUCACACGUUCUCACGUCACACACAUGUACACUGACAGUUCUCCUCAUGUAAUUUAAUGCACAUUUAACGUUACUGUGAGACCGUGGCAUAUCCGAAGAUCUAUGCACAUUUGAAGGCAGGUUACCAAAGGAUAAAAUAUCUAUAAUCAUUAGUGAAUAAACCACACAGGGGCCAUCAAUUCACCCCAGCUAUCUCCUGGUUUUAUGUUUUAGAGGUCAUGUUUUGUGUUUCUAGUUUGGCCUGUGACGUUAGUUCAAUCCGCAGCUCUCUUAUGUGCCUAAUAACGAACUAAUCGAGGCUAGAUGGUGGAGAGGAAAUUACAGACGUGGCUUUUUUUUUUUUUUUUUUUGAAGAUUGUGUUAAUGCUAAAUAAGCUGUUUUUUGCUCAAUGAAGUUCUGAAUUCGUUUCACUGGGACUCUCCCCCCUCCCCCCUUUUCACUCGUUGUUUGCCUGCCAAAUCAUUUCUACUUAUUAUAUUUGUAUUGUAAAAUAAAGGAAUGUACUUUAAAACAUGUA